AAUAGAGAGAGAAAACGACAACGACAAUCAUCCAUUUGCCGCCGUUUCACCUCCCGACGACAGCUGAUUUCUUAAAGUAGAGAGAGAGAAAAAGGAGAGGACUUGACAUAGAGGAGAGGAGGGAGAGAAUGUACCUGAAGAGGGCACUGUGGGGCGAGGGAAUAAUACCGGAGAAUGCUUGGCCGGAGCCGGAGGCCGAGCCACCGUCGACGGAGGUGGGAGAGCUCGUCAAUUCCUUGACCGAACAGAGAGUUUACCGGGAGGUCACUCUCGCUCUCCGCAGCGGUCUCAGGGACGCCCGCGCCGAGUUCUCCUUCCUCCGAGUCCGCGGUGUCAGAACUCUCCUCAAGUUCCUCCGAUCCGUUGCCGAGUCCGAUUCCACCAUUAACUUAUUCUCUCAGACUCAGUCCAUUCCCGACCUUCAAGUUGUUCCAGUUCUCUUUCAACAUUCACUGAAAGAGUCUGAAGACGACAUUGUAGCGAACUUGAAUCAUAUCUUCGGCGUGGAGCCCAUGAAGAUCUCUAGCCCUUCCACUGAUGCUGAAGUCUCACUUGCGCUUCGAGUUUUGGAAGGUUGCUGUUUGCUCCACACAGAGAGUACGGUGUUAGCCCAUCAGUACAAAGCAAUUCAGGUCUUGAUGAACAUUUUAUCAAUUAGGGGAGUACUUGAACAAGGGGCAUGCUUAGAUGCGUUGAUCUCCAUUAUGUUGGACUCAUCAGCCAAUCAAAUGGAUUUCGAAGCAUGCAACGGUAUUGAGGAAGUUGCAGAGCUUAUCAGAGACAAACAAGUGGAUGAGAAUCUCAGGUUGAAAUGUGGAGAGUUCUUGCUGCUUCUCAUAGGGCAUGUAAAUGGACGAGGAAGGCCUCCAUUGGCAUCCAUACAAGAAGACAUAAGGCGGCUUUUGGGGGAGAAGUCUGCCUCCUUGAUAUGGGCAGCUAGUCAGUUUGGCUCAACUCUUGAUCCAGAGCAGAGACUAACCGCAUUGCACAUCCAAGCCCGUCGGGUGCUUGAGUCCUUGGACCUGUACUGAAAUCCCUCAUGGAAAUAUUACUACAAAACUGCCGAUACCAAAAGGCUACCAAUGAAGUCAACCAUUAAUGACUAGUUCACAUACCUGGAGGGGUUCUGAUCCCUUAUUUGAUCAGACCACUCUUAGAAAGAUGAAACAAACGCAAAUUCUCAUAGUUGUAGCUGGGCUCCUACUAUUUCUUCAUAAAUGAGGUGAGGUACUUCUUUCGGUUUGAAUAGGGGUCGCUCCUUUUUUUUUUUUUUAAAUUGAAGUGGCCGCGAUAAAACUAAUGGUUAUUUUUCAUUGCUUUCUAGAUAAUGCAAUUUUGUUCAUUUGUUUGUAUUUUAGUUUCUAGAAUGGCUGAUAAUUGUGGCAA